GUGGGUGUGGAACAGGUGGUGGCGGGUGUCAGGUAUUGGGCCAAGAGUAGUGUGGGCGUCCUUCUGCAAGAACCCUGAAAAGGGUUGGCAGCGUAAGGCUGGAUAACGGCGGCCUAGAAGCCCUAGGAUUAUUAAGUCCCUGGCCAAUUUCACUCAAAGAUAUGAAGCUGGGCCUUUAACGAAGGAAAUCGACCUCAAAGUAUUCCCUCUUCUCUACCCCAUUCUCAGCAAAUGCCAGGCAAGCCACCCAGGCCCCUCCGUCCCACUCUAGCUUUCGGCGAAAAUCAGUUCCGCCUCUGCCCCAAGAGCCAAGAGGGGUGGAAAUGAAGAGAGGUGCUGGGAACGCGCCUGAAGUCUAAGGGAAAGGCAGGGGCAGCUGGAUGGGUGGUGGGAAAACUCAAAGGCUGAAGAAAUGGGGGAGGAGGAGUGAGUCCUUUUGGAAGCUGAGGACAGCCCAGGGGCAAGAGGCUGAAUAAGACCGGUCUCUGCAGCUAGGCCUGGGAGUGCCUCGUUUCAGGUCUCGAGGUGGCUUCAGGAUGGGACAACUGAGGCAGCAGAGAAGGGUAGGAGGCGAUCGCAGAGCACUCGGCGGAGCAGGCAAAGAGGUGCUACACUCCAGGGUGGCGCUUUGGAGCGGUCCUUGGCCCGCGUGUAGCUACUGGGGAUUCGCCCAGGCUGCACAUUUUCUUUCCUUUUGCUGGGGCCGCGGGGCAGAGCACCCGCUCAGAGCCAGCGAAGAGUCGCCACACCCCGGAGAGGCGCUUCGGAGUUGUCUUUGGCCCGGGCGGAGACACUCAGUAUCGGUCAACGCUGGAAAAUUUCUUUCCUUUUGCUGUUGGGGCCGCAGAACCAGUCUCCUCCUUUUCCCUGCUCAGACAAAGGGCGCGGGAAGGGCUUUGCUGGAGCAAAGCGGGUGUGGGGAGGUCUCUGUCCCACGACAGAUGGGUCUCAGUUAAGACUUUAAUUGCUGACUUUUGGGCCGGAUCAGAUUUCUUUUCCUACCUGCCACUUCCCAACAGCGAAAAUUCCCCUCCUGCUGCACUCCUCCGUCAAAGGGCUAGGUUGAAAGAAAAAUGCAAAGAAGCGCGAAACAGCCCGGCUCUGGAAGGCUUUGGAGAGUCCAGAUGACUUGUCCACAAUUCGCUGGCCUUUGGAGCUUUACCUGCCUUCUUGACUGAAAGCCACCAGUUUGUUUUACGUUUAUGGCCUGUGAGGUGUGUCCCUCCAGACUGAGAGGCUACGACUCAGGGCUGAACCUGAUGGAAAAAGAAGUUUAUAAGCCAAGUAACCCAGUUUCUCCAACCUUUUCUGUGGAGCAACAUCAAGCAAUAAAACCCAGCAAAGUUUUGCUUGUCACUUAACAAGGGUGUUACUGAAAUCUGGAAGGUGAACAUUUAGAAGACAGCACAAACAUGCUCUAUUGCUCUACACUGAAACACUUGCCUCCACUGAUAGAAAAAGCUGUUUUCCUGAAAUUGGUCGAUUAGCGUUUUGCAACCGUUUCUAGACAAUUUUAAAGACAUUUUGUGUUUGUAGUCAAAAUUUAAAAAACACACACACAAAACAAUCAUAUUGAAGACACAGUUCGGCUCUUUCCUUCACACAACCCACGAGGUUUACAGCAGUUUUGAUGUUAUUUUUAAAGUUUCUUAAGUGAUCCCAUGAAAUAAGUCGAUAAUAGAAAGUCAAAUAACACAGAGCAGAGAACGAGCUUAGAGAAAUGGAGAAGCAAUAGAGAUAAAUAAAAAAAAAAUCCUCGACCCAGAAAUCUCUAAGAACCGCUUAUAAAUUCAGUUACCUCCUGAACUCCGGCCGGUGGCCACUCCGGCCCGGGAGCGCCCAGCGCCGACCCGCUGGCCUUGGCCGUCUGAGCCUUCAUUAUCGCCGCGGCCUCGGUGCCCCCUGGCCCCGGCUGCCUAGGGGAACCGCGUUCCCGCUGCUGGCGUAGGGGCAGAGGCGCCCCGCCUCAUUCGGGAUUCGGUGGCCAGCGCAGAGCCAUUUGAAUAGAAGCCCGAAGAGAAAUAGAAAAGCUGAAAACUCCCCGGGUUCUCCAUUUCUCGGUUCUUGCUCACGAGUUCCAAACAGUUAAAAUGACGCUGGCAAGGCCGAGGGCCGCCGAGGUCGGUGAGACUCCCUUGGAGGGGCCGGGAGGGUUGGCUCGAGAGGCUUGGAGACGGCUGGGAGUUGGGGCUCAACUUCAGCGACCGGGCGCCGCGGCCGGACUUGGUCUCCCAAGCGUCCGGCUCCCAGGGUCGGUCGGCGCGGCGCUGCCUUCGAUCAGGUCCCGCCGACCUCGGGCCUCUGGACCACCACGGCCCAAGCCGGCCCCGAAACCCAUCCCCGGCGCGAUCGCGCUCCUCCCCUUCUCCGCUGCAUCCCCGCGGGUCCUGGGGCGUCUCCAUUCCCGGACAAGGCUGGGAGAGGGCAAGGGAGGGGGCGCCGGAUCCGGUUUAAGAGACCGCGUAACAGAUGGUGGAGAGCUCCUGGAUGAAUUUGAACAGGCAUUCGCUAAUAGACUUGCUUUGACGACUGAGGGUGUAAUUGGAGGGUCAUUUAAGCUAGAUGCAAGGUGAAAGAAAACAGGCCCGGGGGUGUGGCAUACCUAAGAAGUAACUAGAGCAUCUUUUUACUAGGUUUGCCUGUCAUUUUCAGUUUCCCGGAAAAUACAUGCUUAAAUCAAAUUUUAAGAAUGUCUCGGGAGCAUCUCUGAGUAUCUCUUCCAAAAA